AUAUGUAAAUGCGCUUGUUGAGUAAUAGGAAAUCAUCUUUCUGUACAAUGUCUCAUGCACCUAGGUCUCUUGUGUAAACUUCCUUUUACUUAAUUUUUGGGAAGAUUGAUCCAUCUAGUUAUGGCCUGAAAGACUAUGCUGCAACCUUGAGAACUUAAUUUUGUCUUUUUAGCUGUCUAUCCCAUUCCAUAUUUGCUGGCAGAACAUAGCAAGAGUCUGGGAUGUUUUCAGGACAGGGAAGACAUGAUAUUUGCCAUCCUGGCUGUUGAAAUUUAAAUUUUCUCUCGUGUUACCAUGAUGGAUCCCAAGGAAUUACUGAAGAUUCUUGCUUGCUUGUUUUCAAUUAGGGGGAUACUUUGCAACGAUGGCGAACAGAACCCUUCAUUAUGAUUACUGGUAGUGGCAGGUGGAUACCACCUUCUCUUCCUACUGUAAAAGGCCCAGAACAUGAAAAGGAUGGCGGAAGUACAUAUGCUGCUGGGAAAAGCAGGCGUGUAGAGGUGGAAAGAACACUAACUGAUGCACAGAGAGAUGAGUUUGAGGAUAUGCUGCGUGCAUUGACUUUGGAAAGGAGUCAAAUAAAGGAAGCAAUGGGUUUCGCUCUAGAUAAUGCUGAUGCUGCUGGAGAGGUUGUUGAAGUUUUAACUGAGUCACUGACUCUUAAAGAAACACCCAUACCAACAAAAGUUGCAAGGCUUAUGCUUGUCUCAGAUAUCCUUCACAAUAGUAGUGCCCCGGUGAAAAACGCCUCUGCUUAUCGCACCAAAUUUGAGGCAACUUUGCCUGACAUAAUGGAAAGCUUCAAUGACUUGUAUCGUUCUGUAACGGGGAGAAUCACGGCUGAGGCACUUAAGGAGCGAGUACUGAAAGUUCUUCAAGUAUGGGCUGAUUGGUUUCUGUUUUCUGAUGCAUAUGUGAAUGGAUUAAGAGCUACUUUCCUUCGAUCAGGAAAUUCUGGUGUGACUCCAUUUCAUUCUAUAUGUGGUGAUGCCCCUGAGCUAGAACAGAAUACUGGCUCAGAUGACCGUGGGGAAGGUGAAAAGAUUAACCAAGAUGCGGCUUUGGCAAUUGGGAAAGGAGCUGCAAUGAAGGAGCUCUUGAACCUUCCACUUAGUGAGCUUGAACGACGAUGUAGGCACAAUGGGUUAUCUCUUGUAGGUGGCAGAGAAAUGAUGGUUGCACGGUUACUUUAUCUGGAAGAGGCAGAAAGACAACGAGUCUAUGAAGUUGAUGAUGAGUUGAAGUAUCAACAAAGUCAGUCAAGUUCAGCUAGAUAUCCUAGUGGCAAGAAAGAGAAAUCUGUUGAUACAGAUCAAUGGGAUUCUCGGAUGGAAUAGUCAUGAGGAUGAGAUGCAGUUGAAAGAAAAGAGCAGUGCCUUUGCUCCCAACAAAUCCUGUUGGACAUGAACUAGUUCCUAUACUAAUGAAGGGAAAAAUGAUUCCAUUUUGCCUGCCUCGAAGUGGGCCAGAGAGGAUGAUGAGAGUGAUGAUGAGCAAAACGGAAGUGCUAGGGAUCUGGGAUUGACCUAUUCUUCCUCGGGAAGCGAAAAUGCUGCUGAUGGACUUGAUAAGAAUGAGGAGCCCGAUUUUACAACUGAUGUGAGCAAUUCAUCACAUUCUGAAAGUGGCUUGAAUGAAGAGCAGAG